AAAUAACCAAAAAAGAUUGCAUUAAUGAGGUUAAAUAAAGAAAAAAUGGUCUCCUAUUUAAAAAUUGGGAAUUUUGAUGGCCUGGGUUUGGAAAACUAUAGAUUUGUUUUGAAAAAGCUUUCCAGCAUAAAACUCGAUCAAAAUUUUCUACCAACCUGUUCUAACCCAACUUUCUUUUCUUUUUUCUCUUUUUCUGAAUUUGUGUGCUUUGCUAUUUUUUCCUUACACGCUUAAAGCAUCAUGAUGAGUGCUUCUACUAAUACUACUACUACUACUACUACUACUACUACUCCUCCUCAUAGUAAUAAUAAUUCAUUAUCUCCUAUGGACAACCGCACGAUGACACCGGUUGGUUUGAGGGAUCCGUUUUAUUGUAAAGUCAAGGUUCGUCGGGCACAUCAACCCCACGAAUAUGUCGUUCCUUCUGAUUUUGCUGCCAUACCACAAAAUCCAGUACAAAGACGUAUCAUUCGAAGUGCACAUCAUUCACAUCAGAGAAAGAGAUUCUUUUUUCCUCCAGCUAUCAAAGAAGAAAGUAACGAAGACGAUGAAGGAGCAGUCAAUGACAUGGAUACGGACAGUCUUUCUGAUUCUGAAUACAACGGACCCAAGACACCCACGGAGGAGGAGGAGGAGGAGAACGAUGAGAAUAUGCCAUUGGCACUGUUAGCCGUGAAAAAGGGAUACGUCGUUCCCCAUAAGGCUGCUACUGCUUUUCCACUUAUUCAACAUAUACCCUCGCAUCACCAACAGCAGCAACAGGCCAACCUGUUUGACAAUAGAAGCAAUAAUAGACGUCCCUAUUAUGCUGCAUACCCUUUUCCUCCUCACAUGAACAGUCCGGUUUAUGUCUACCCACAUUAUCCGCCCCCACUCCAGAGCAGCGGACUCUACUCCAACUAUAGCCCAAUGACGCCGAUGAAGACACCACCACCACCCCCAUCAUGGAUCCUCGACAAACACGCUCCUUACAUCAAAGAAAGUACUCUUAUUCCUCCACCUCUUCGUCCUCCGUUUCUUCAUCGAAUUCUUCCUCUUCGGGGUCCAUUCCCUCAUCAAAAACGAAAAUCUCUAAUCGAUCAAGAUAACCUGUAUUUCCAACGCGUCGGACUUUUCUACUCUUUCAGUCCUUACUUUUUCCCUUCUGUUUGACAUGACUUUUACUCAAUGCAGAUGAAUGGUUUACCAUAUAAAAAGAAUGGGUUUGAAUGGAGAAAAGUAGGGCUCUAUCGCGUCUACUUGAUUCACACGCCAACAGCGAGGAUCAAAAACAUCCAAUGAGACACGCUGACGCAUUUUUUUUCCUUCAACCGAAAUACCACACUUUUUUGUACAGUUUUAUUAUCCCAAAAGAAAAUUCCCCAAUAAUGAUUCCAUAUACACUAUUUCUAAGUUUUUAUUUAUUUACUACAUUUUCAAUAA